GCAACUAUUGACAAUCUCUCUUUAUUCUAUUCACUCCCUCCAUUUCUUCAAACUAAAUUUCCUGAGAAUGGCGAAGGCUGCGGAGAAAAAGCCUGCGGCCGAGAAGGCUCCGGCGGAGAAAAAGCCAAAGGCGGAGAAGAAGGUUCCAAAGGAAGGCAGCGGCGGAGAGAAGAAGAAGAAGAGGUCGAAGAAGAGCGUGGAAACGUACAAGAUCUACAUAUUCAAGGUGCUGAAGCAGGUACAUCCUGACAUCGGCAUUUCGAGCAAGGCCAUGGGGAUCAUGAACAGCUUCAUCAACGAUAUAUUCGAGAAGCUUGCGCAGGAAGCAGCGCGUCUCGCGAGGUAUAACAAGAAGCCGACCAUUACAUCCAGGGAGAUCCAGACCGCUGUCAGGUUGGUGCUGCCCGGGGAACUUGCCAAGCACGCUGUUUCGGAAGGAACCAAGGCUGUUACAAAGUUCACUAGCUCUUAGGGUUAGGGGUUUUUUCGUUUAGGUAUUUUUUUUGUAAAGCUUAGUCGUAGUUAGUGGCUUCAUUUGGUAUUCUAUAUGCUAAUGAAAAUUUUUAUUUAAAAGUAUUCGUGCCUCCUGA